GGGCCGCUGUGCUCGCCCGGUGCCCGCGGGACCGGACGGAGCCCGGCACGGAGCCCGGCUCAGACCCCGGCACCGCUCCGGCACCGACCCGGCACCGCUCCGGCCCGCGGCCGCCCCGCCAGGGCAGGGAGCGGGUCGGCACGGACACGAUGAUCGACACCCUGGCGAGCACCGAGGCCGAGGAGCUGCUGCUCCAGCUCUCGGCGCUGCUGGAGCAGGAGCUGCGGGCUCAGCCCAAGCCCGCCGGGCUCAGGCUGGUCGAGGCUGCUCACGACAAUGGCCUCCGAAUGACUGCCCGGCUGCGGGACUUCGAAGUGAAAGACCUGCUCAGCUUAACUCAGUUCUUUGGCUUCCGCACGGAGACGUUUUCCCUGGCUGUGAAUUUCUUGGAUAGAUUCUUGUCCAAAAUGAAGGUGCAGCCUAAACACUUGGGCUGUGUUGGACUCAGCUGCUUCUACUUGGCUGUGAAGGCAUCAGAAGAAGAAAGAAAUGUGCCCUUGGCCACUGACUUAAUUCGGAUAAGCCAGUACAGGUUCACUGUUUCUGAUAUGAUGAGAAUGGAGAAAAUCAUACUGGAGAAGCUGUGUUGGAAAGUGAAAGCUACAACAGCCUUCCAAUUUCUACAGCUGUAUCACUCACUCGUUCACGAGAAUUUAAGCUGUGAAAGGAGAAAGUACCUUAAUUUUGAGAGACUUGAGACUCAGCUUAAGGCCUGUCACUGCAGAAUCAUGUUUUCUAAAGCCAAGCCUUCUGUCUUGGCACUGUCUAUUAUGGCACUAGAGAUAGAAGAACAAAAGCUGCUGGAGUUGACAGAGGCAUUGGAAUUUCUGCAGUUGCAUUCCAAGAUAAACAACAGAGAUUUGACCUUCUGGAAGGAACUGGUUUUAAAGUGCCUUACCGAAUAUUCCUCGAGCAAGUGCUCCAAACCAAAUGUCCAGAAAUUAAAGUGGAUUGUGUCUGGACGUACAGCACGGCAGCUCAAACACAGCUACUACAGAAUAACACACCUUCCUACCAUUCCAGAGACCAGCUCAUAAAAGGAAUACAAUAAAAUGAAGGAAAAAACAUCCUGUGACCUUGUCAACAGGCACAUGAAUACUUGAGAAACAAAGUCUGAACCAUGAUCUUAAUAAUGAAGAACUCAACUCAUGGAAAGAACACGUAACAUUUCAGACUAAAGAUCCUCCCAGCAAAUAUGUUCUUUUCAUGAUGAUUACAACAGAAUGUGGUGUCACUUUUCAGUCUUAUUUGGCAGACUGUUCACUAUUCAGUGAAACACCACAAUACAAGGAAUUUUAACACCUUAUAGUUUGUAGAGCAGCUCGUGUCAUCUAACCUUGGUUUACUGUAACUGCAGGUGCUGAAUCAUAUAUUUAAUAUAAAAAAUCGGGUUCACUUUCCGAGGAUUACAUGAUACUAGAAAGAUACGAUGUGCAGUGCUGCAGUGUGUUAAUCAAACAGCAGACUAAUCCCACUCACUGCUGCUGACAAUAGCAAAUUCCUGUCAGCCCACCUGACGUGCUGUUUGGGCAGUGUCACCACGUGUCCCUGCUGAGCAGGGCACUGGCCUUCUACCAUAGACACAUUAAAGAUUAGCCUUUGUGAUACCCACUGAACGUGGUGAGUAGCUAGAGCAGGAGGAAAGUUUAAUGCAUUUCCUCAUAAAAGGCAGUCACUAACACAGCAUCAGUAACUGCAAUGUUUUGUGAGAGCCAUAGUUUACUGAGAUUACAAAUAGAAAUUAGUUCCCAGAGUGUAAAAACUGUGAUACCUAAUGAAGGCCAAGGGAAAGUACUGGCUCACAUGCCCUAGAUCUGACAUUAGUUUUGCAGAGUUUUGCUGUACAAAGGGUAAAUGCUGAUGCUGAACAGGCACAGUCACAGGCACAGUAGGAGCAGGGCUAAUUCCCCAUCUUGGACUGUGUGUAGGAGCAAUCUGGUUGAGAAACAUUGAAGAUUGCUUCAACUCUGAUCUCUAAUGGUAACCUUUGUAAAAUACAACUGUUUUUUUCUGCAGACCAGAUCAGUACUUGAGGCAUAUCGUGCUUCUAGUGCUAACAAGGAAGUGAAUAAUAGGAAUGUAUUAUUGUAUGUUAGAUGACUAGAGGUGCUGGGGGAACGUUGCUCACGUCCUCUUGAAUUCUGCAUCACUGUGGGAUGGGGGAUGUUAGCAACAGGCUGUGAAAACUGAUUGUCACAUGGACCAGUGUAGUGGAGAAGGAGAGAUCAGAGUGUGGGCUUAGCCAGCCAAGCCUUCCCCAUUAUGGGAACAGCUGAGGGGGAAACCAUUCAAACCAGUUAAACCUUUCACCCAAGGCUCCAUACCAAAGCUCUGUCCUGGACUAAUCAAGUCUCACGAGCUCAUGGGAGUGACUGCCCGUGAACCAUGUAAUUGGGUAUUGCACCUGCCAGAGCUCCCUGGGCACUGUCCUGGCUUGUGCAAAGCACUCCAGGGAUUUGGACAUAGGUGUGCUCGGCCUACUGGGAGAGGAUACAAUUCUCAUUGUCCUGUCUCAAUAUUAAGAUAUGUACCUUUCAAUUAAACAUUGAAAUGUGCUUAA